UAAUUUUGAAAGUUAUAAUAUUAAAAAAAUGAAUUUUCAAUACAAUAAUUAUUUAUUUCGGAUUUAUAUUUAAUUAUCUACAUCUUGCAACCUCUAAAUUGUUUGUUACCAGUCAGCUGAUCCGCUGAAUUAAUUUGGCAUUAGUUUCGCAAUAUGGCAUUACGGCUAUCUACCGUCUUUGGUAAAUUUGGAAUACCUUUCAAGAGGCAAUUUAGCACCGCCGUUGGUUUCUCAUAUGCCUAUAAGCCAUGGAAUCGAAACUAUCCCACACAAACGCCAACAAAUGUGCGUCAAUCACAUGAACCGAGUAAAAAGUGUGGAAAGUAUAAAAUUGUGAUGGUCCGUCAUGGAGAAUCGGAGUGGAACAAAAGCAAUCAGUUUUGUGGUUGGUAUGACAGUGCGCUUAGUGAAAAGGGCUUAGCAGAGGCAAAAGCUGCAGCAAAAGCUUUAAAAGAAGCGGGCUAUAAAUUUGAUAUAGCUCACACCUCGUUACUUUGUAGAGCUAUCAUCACACUAGACAUAAUAUUGAAAGAAAUUGGUCAAACAGAUAUACCCAUUUGUAAAACAUGGCGUCUGAAUGAGCGUCAUUAUGGUAAUCUCAUUGGGUUAAAUAAAGCCGAAACGGCUGCCAAAUAUGGCGAAAAGCAAGUACAAAUUUGGCGCAGAAGCUUUGCUACGCCUCCUCCGCCCAUGGAAAAGAAUCAUCCGUACUACGAUAAUAUUGUUAACGAUGAACGUUAUAAAGAUGGACCUAAAAAAGAGGAGUUUCCCAUGUUUGAAUCACUGAAAUUGACAAUAGAGCGCACGCUACCCUAUUGGAAUGAAACAAUAGUACCGCAAAUAAAGGAAGGCAAACUGAUUAUUAUUUCGGCACAUGGAAAUAGUCUGAGGGGCAUUGUUAAGCAUUUAGACAAUCUAUCCGAAGAUCAGAUAAUGGCACUUAAUUUACCCACUGGAAUACCGUUUAUUUAUGAAUUGGAUGAAUGCAUGAGACCAGUUGUGUCUAUGAAAUUUUUGGGCGACGAAGAAACUGUCCGAAAAGCAAUGGAAGCUGUUGCUGCGCAAGGAAAGGCCAAAUAGAUUCUGCGCGUUGAAAAUUACAUGCAUAUCAAAAAUAGUAACAUAAAUUAACUGAAAAAAGUUUGCCCAAGUCUAAAUCAAAUAAAAAAUAGCAAAAUUGAAA